CAGCCUCGCUCGUUGAUCCAUUCCUUCUCCCGAUUCAAUCGCAUCGGUAAUCGGAGGCGGCGGCUUAUGCAUCAGAAAGGGCGAUCUUACAACCGUCGAUCCCGGAGCUUCUCAAGAUCUCGACUCGCGAUCGAGGGAUCUUAGUUAUCUAAAAGCCUAGUUCAGAUCUCGAAAACCCUACCCAGAUUUCAUAAAUGGCAGCAGCUCAGGGGGAAGCGGAGCGCGAGAUUCAGAAAAGCUACUGGAUGGAGCAUUCCAAGGAUCUGUCGGUUGAGGCGAUGAUGCUUGAUUCGCGGGCCUCGGAUCUUGAUAAAGAGGAGAGGCCUGAGGUCCUUUCUUUACUUCCACCAUACAAAGGGAAAUCUGUUUUGGAACUAGGGGCAGGUAUUGGUCGUUUUACUGGUGAACUGGCCAAAGAAGCCGGUCAUAUUCUAGCUAUGGAUUUCAUUGAAAGUGCGAUUAAGAAGAACGAAAGUAUAAAUGGACAUUUCGAGAAUGCAAGCUUUAAAUGCGCGGAUGUAACAUCUCCAGACUUGCAAAUUGAACCGGAAUCUGUGGAUUUGAUUUUCUCAAACUGGUUGCUGAUGUAUCUAUCAGAUAUCGAGGUUGAAAAGCUAGCUGAAAGGAUGGUAAAAUGGUUGAAAGUUGGUGGGUUUAUUUUCUUCAGGGAGUCUUGUUUCCAUCAAUCUGGAGAUUCUAAGAGGAAAGUCAACCCUACGCACUAUCGCGAGCCAAGGUUUUAUACAAAGGUAUUUAAGGAAUGCCACGCUUAUGAUCAGCAGGGGAAUUCCUUUGAACUCUCAUUAAUUACUUACAAGUGCAUUAGAGCAUAUGUCAAGAACAAGAAAAACCAGAAUCAGAUCUGCUGGAUGUGGCAGAAGGUCAAAUCAGAUGAUGACAGGGGAUUUCAACGUUUUCUAGACAAUGUACAAUACAAGACCAAUGGAAUACUACGCUAUGAACGUGUUUUUGGAGAAGGUUUUGUGAGCACUGGAGGAAUCGACACUACGAAGGAAUUUGUGGCAAAACUUGAACUUAAGCCAGGGCAAAAAGUUCUUGACGUGGGAUGUGGCAUUGGCGGUGGUGACUUCUAUAUGGCUGAAAAUUUUGAUGUUGAUGUGAUUGGCAUUGAUCUUUCUGUCAAUAUGGUUUCUUUUGCACUUGAACGGGCUAUCGGACGUAAAUGCUCUGUGGAAUUUGAAGUUUCUGAUUGUACAAAGAAAAUUUAUCCGGAUAACACAUUUGAUGUGAUCUACAGUCGCGAUACUAUCCUUCACAUCCAGGAUAAGCCAGCACUAUUCAGAGACUUCUUCAAGUGGUUGAAACCAGGUGGAAAAGUUCUCAUUAGUGAUUACUGCAGGAAGUCUGGGAGGCCAUCCGAAGAAUUCGCAGAGUAUAUCAAACAAAGGGGUUAUGAUUUACAUGAUGUAGAAGCUUAUGGCCAGAUGCUUAAAGAUGUUGGUUUUCAUGAGGUUAUUGCAGAAGACCGAACAGAACAGUUUCUGAAAGUUCUGCAAAGGGAGUUGGAUGCAACUGAGAAGGAUAAGGAUGCAUUCAUCAGAGAUUUCUCACAGGAGGAUUAUGAUGAAAUUGUCAACGGUUGGAAGUCGAAGCUCAAGAGAAGUUCGAUGGGCGAGCAGAGAUGGGGACUAUUCAUCGCGAAAAAGAAAUAGGCUCUGCAUUGACCUAAUAAGGCAUGAUCAAUGUGCCAGUAUCUAUUUAUCUAGUUGAAGGUGUAACUUUUGACCGCAUGAGAUUUCCUUUGAAUAUUAAUGAGUUUUGUGUGGCUUUAUUAGCCACGUCGUAAGCCAACCCAGUGUGAUGUGUCCUGUGUAAUGUUAUUUAUUUCAUGUAUCUUGUAGGCUAUUAAGAAGAAAAUCUUAUCCCGGUUCUUAGUUUAAGCUUGAAUGUUACCCUAAACCUGUCUUAAUUAUGAAUAAAGAAUGUAUCCUCUUGUGAUCUUUA